AUGUGCCAUGUCUCGUUAAGUCGCUAUGUGAAUGCUCUACGUAACAGGUUACAGCCUAAAGUAGGAUACAGCCCGUACAAUAGGGUGUUUACUGUUCAACAGGAGUCGCAGCUAGUCGAAUACUGCGAAAAAUCUGUUAAUUUAUAUUUUGGAUUAACUACAAAGGAUCUCCGAAAACUUGCAUUUCAGUUUUCAUCUGCUAACCGGCUUCAUUGUCCUCUAAAAUGGAAUGAUGCAGAACUGGUUAGUGAAGAUUGGCUCACAGCUUUUUUCAGAAGAAAUCCGAGAUUAACGUUGCGCACCCCUCAAACUACCAGCCUCGCACGAGCCAUGAAUUUUAAUAGGGAGAACGUUUCAAACUUUUUUAAUAAACUGGAAACUGUCUUGGAAAGAUAUAGAUUUGAGCCACAAAAUAUUUACAAUAUUGACGAAACUGGUGUCUCCACUGUUCAGAAGCCGUCGAAGGUAAAAGCCGUUUAG